GUUCUCGACAACAUCACCCAACGACGUCGCCCAACAUGCCGAAGGAAGUCAAGCAGCGCUCCGGCAUCGCCGUUGGUAUCAAUGCUGGCCAUAAAGUCACUCCCCGCCAGCCAAAGCCGCGUGUCUCGCGCAUGAAGGGUCAUCUUAGCAAGCGGACUGCCUUCGUUCGGGACAUCGUCAAGGAGGUUGCUGGUCUCGCCCCAUACGAGCGCCGUGUCAUCGAACUCCUCCGUAACAGCAAGGACAAGCGCGCCCGCAAGCUCGCAAAGAAGCGACUCGGAACCUUCGGCCGUGCCAAGAGAAAGGUCGACGAGAUGACCAAGGUCAUCGCUGAGAGCAGGAGAGCAGGUCACUAAGCGUGCGAUUCUGUAUGAAGUGAUGUAUGGAAAGGGUGAUCAGGUGCAAGAGGCAUGCAACGGCGCAAAUGAAAGGCUCGGGAUUUGAGACAUGCUAUGCGAUGCUUGCCAGCCAUGGGUGCUGGGUGUGAGCCAAAAUACCAUAGCGAGGUAGAUGGCGCCCGGUCAGUUGGCUCUCUUACUGCUGAAUGAAAAUUGCAUUGAAAGCCC